UUUCCACGUGACAUUGAGCGGAGAAAGCACCUUCUUAUUCCACAACAGACGGUAGGAAAACUGUCGAUCUGUGAGAACGGGAUUUCUGCCGGUGGCCUGGCUUCUCCGUCAAGCACGUGGAUUUAUCGCUUGACGGGUCCCUUUAUCACUAUUCGAUUAUUUUAAAACACUUCAACUCUAUUUUCUUCAUGUAUAUAAUCCGGUGAAAUGCAUCGUUCGAUGAAAAUUAAUUCAUCGCAAAUCGAUUUUUAAAUUUUAAAACAUUUAUUUUUAAAAAACAGAGAUAGAGCGAAACAAGAAAAAGUGGUGACUGUCGCCACACUUCAUGAAUCGCCAAGCCAUGGAAGUAAUCGUCGCUAUCCUAUUAUCAGUUCUAGUUUGCGAAGUAUCAGGUACCAGGCUGACCAACAGUUACAUAACGGAAUGGGGUAUCAGCAGCAGACUUACCCAACCUUCUUGUGUUGACAUCCCAGAAAACUUGACCCUGUGCCAUGGUAUCGGAUACACGCAAAUGCGACUGCCCAAUUUGUUGGACCAUGACACCAUGGCCGAAGUGUCGCAGCAGUCCUCUUCGUGGGUGCCGCUCUUCAAUCUCAAGUGCCACUCGGACACUCAACUCUUUCUAUGUUCAUUGUUCUCACCUGUGUGUUUGGACAGACCAAUCUAUCCAUGCCGGUCACUGUGUGAAGCCGUUAGGCAAGGAUGUGAAAGUCGUAUGCAGGCCUAUGGCUUUCCAUGGCCGGACAUGGUUAAAUGUGACAAAUUCCCUGUGGACAAUGAUAUGUGCAUAUCUGUUCAAGCCAAUGCCAAUACAGAGCCACAAAGUUGCAGCGCUUGCAAUCAACCUGACACUUAUGAAAAUAUCAUUGAUAACUACUGCAGAGCUGAUUUCGUUAUCAAGACCAAGAUCCGUAAAUUGCAGAAGAGCAAACUAGCAUGUAAACGUGCUCGUAUACUGAAAAUCCGAGAAGGAGUGAGCCGAAAAGAAGUACGAAGACCAACUCUUCAGCAUGCCAACAUGACAUCCUGUUGUGGUGAACUGGCCAAGCAUGCCGGUAAAAAGGCCAGAUUACUGAUCAUGGGCAACAGAGACGGUGAAGGUCUCACGCCAACAUUCAUCAUGGAAUGGCAGAAUACAGUUGCUUUUAAAGGAGCACUCAAGGCAAUGAAGAAAAUAGAUUGCUCCAAUCCGCAAAUUAUAUCAGAAACUGUUGAUGGAGCAAGUCCAGAAGAAAUCGAACGACGCAGAAGAGCUGGACGUUCUAAAAAGAACAAGAAGAAGCAUCCCAAGAAACGAGGACAUCAUAAAAGUGGAACUUUAGCUGUCGUCAGCGGUGGCUCACCAACAUUUCAUACAUAAUAAUAACACACAUUGAAGCUUCUCAAUUGUACUCGAUACAAUACAUUCUGUUAUUGUACAAUAGAGAUACUGCUAUUAAACAUGACAUAUUAGUAUAACUUGAAAACUUCAUUCACUUCAAAAAUAUACAAAUUGGAAAUAACAGUCGGCAUGUUAUAAGCGCUCAAAAACAGACGCCCAUUUUCAAGAGUUGCCAGACGUGAAUGCGAAAAAGUAAAAAUGAUUUGAAAUAUGAAUAUAUUUAUUGUUUAUAUUUCAAAUCACUUUUGUUUUUGCCUGUUGUUUUGCAAUGGCGGGCCUGUUUUUAA